AUGUCGACCUCUGGAGAAAUCACGUUAACCAGCUGUUUCACAAUUUUGGUAUUCCCUGGCCUGCUUGGAAACAUCUUGGUUUGUCUCGUGGUUUUUUCUCGCAGGACUAUGCAGACACCGAUCAACUAUCUUUUCGUCAACUUGGCUGUCGCUGAUAUUAUAACGCUGACAUUCAUCGGCCCGCAGUACAUCUUUAUACACUUGUUUAAACAUCCAACAGGCACCACUGGUGAUUUUCUUUGCAAGUUUAUCACUGGUGGAAACAUUUCAUGGAUUGGAGGUGUAGCUUCUGUGUUCUCUUUGGUCGCGAUUUCCUUCGAGCGCUACAAUGCGGUAAUAAACCCUUACAGUCAGGCGUCGAAUUUUUCAAUAACAAAAGUAAAAGUCAUUAUCGUUUGCUGUUGGAUUUUCACUCUUGCCUUCAAUUUCCCACUAUUUUUUGUUAUUUACUAUAACCGAGACAAAAAGUUUUGUUUAGAGUCGUGGCCCUCGAUUACUUCAGGAAAAAUCAACUCAACUUUCUGGCUAGUGGUUGUUGGUAUUAUACCAGCCGUUAUCAUGACAUCGUUGUACUCUAGAGUCGUCUGUAAUUUAUGGUUUAAGAAAACGAACGAGUUCGUCCAAAUAGUCGUUCGUAGAUCAAGGAAAAAAGUCACCAAAGUAGCCUUAAUAGUCAGCGUCAUUUACGUAAUAAGUUGGUUUCCACAGCUCGUUGUGUAUCUUUUAAGCAACUACGAAACUGGUAUUAAAUUUGGAGAAUUUGCCUACAUGGCCUCCGUUGUAAUGGUAACCUUUAAUUCAGCAGUGAAUCCUUUGAUUUACGCUUUACAAAGUNGGCCUGCUUGGAAACAUCUUGGUUUGUCUCGUGGUUUUUUCUCGCAGGACUAUGCAGACACCGAUCAACUAUCUUUUCGUCAACUUGGCUGUCGCUGAUAUUAUAACGCUGACAUUCAUCGGCCCGCAGUACAUCUUUAUACACUUGUUUAAACAUCCAACAGGCACCACUGGUGAUUUUCUUUGCAAGUUUAUCACUGGUGGAAACAUUUCAUGGAUUGGAGGUGUAGCUUCUGUGUUCUCUUUGGUCGCGAUUUCCUUCGAGCGCUACAAUGCGGUAAUAAACCCUUACAGUCAGGCGUCGAAUUUUUCAAUAACAAAAGUAAAAGUCAUUAUCGUUUGCUGUUGGAUUUUCACUCUUGCCUUCAAUUUCCCACUAUUUUUUGUUAUUUACUAUAACCGAGACAAAAAGUUUUGUUUAGAGUCGUGGCCCUCGAUUACUUCAGGAAAAAUCAACUCAACUUUCUGGCUAGUGGUUGUUGGUAUUAUACCAGCCGUUAUCAUGACAUCGUUGUACUCUAGAGUCGUCUGUAAUUUAUGGUUUAAGAAAACGAACGAGUUCGUCCAAAUAGUCGUUCGUAGAUCAAGGAAAAAAGUCACCAAAGUAGCCUUAAUAGUCAGCGUCAUUUACGUAAUAAGUUGGUUUCCACAGCUCGUUGUGUAUCUUUUAAGCAACUACGAAACUGGUAUUAAAUUUGGAGAAUUUGCCUACAUGGCCUCCGUUGUAAUGGUAACCUUUAAUUCAGCAGUGAAUCCUUUGAUUUACGCUUUACAAAGUGGAAGAUUCAGACAGCAUUUCAAAGAAUUACUUUGUCGUCAUCAGAGAACGAGAAGAGUUUUUCCCCUUGAGUAUUGCGAUGCUGCGGCUGUCUUGUCGCCACAGAACAAGCCAAAGAACGAAAGCCACAUGUUUAACAAAGAAACAGCUGAAACUAACAGAGAAACAGCGGAAGAAAAAACCAAUUUAGCAAGAGAUAGUUUUAGAGUUCAACUUACAGAAAAGACGGACUCCUGUAAAAAGUCUGUGAUUUAA